AUGGCGUCCCGUGUCCUUGUCCCGCGCCUCUCCCUCGCGUCUCGAACAAUCAGAGCUCUCCCGCAGUUUCAAUCGAGAUCGUUCCAGUCGACGUGCCGAAGAUUCCAAGAAGCCGGUGCGGCGGUACCUGUGAAAAAGCCCAUGGGAGCUUUCAGAGGAGGAUUGUUCGGUUUCUUGCUGGGUUCGACUCUGGCUGGCGCGUCCGUCUACUACUACAUCCUCGAGGAAUACAAGGUCUCCAAUGAGCUAUUGACGGAGGAUAUCUACGUACGUGAUUCACGACCCAUACCACCCUACACCGAACUCCUUGCGACGUCGAUUUGGAAACAAGUGGCACUGCAAGCGGCCGUGCAGCGAAUCCAUUCAUAUGUGACGGAACUGGAAAACCGAAUGAACCAGACGAAGAAAUGA